AUGACUCCAUUCCAACAGAACGCGAUUCCAUAUGGAUCAAAGGUUCUCAUUACUGGGGCAAACGGCUUUAUUGCCUCACACAUCAUAGCCGUUCUACUUGACCUGGGCUACACGGUCAGAGGGACUGUGCGCACUCCAACUCCAUGGUUGGAUGACUACUAUUUGGAGAAAUGGGGACCACAUCGUUUCGAAUCAGUCUUGGUCCCCGAUUUCCAAAAGCCAAACUCAUUUGACGAGUGUGUACAGGGUGUUUCGGGAAUUAUUCAUGUUGCACAAGCUUUGCCCUCCAGUCCUGUUGUGCAGGACGUGGAUGACGCAGUAUCGUAUACGGUAAAUGGCAACGUAAAACUUCUCGAGGCAGCUUCAACGCAGAGCUCGGUGAAGCGUGUUGUCUUUACUUCGUCCAUUGUGGCUGCAGGCUACCCAAAAGGGCCGGAGUUCAAGCUGGAUGUUGAUUCCUGGGAUGAAUGUGUGAGCCAGGACGCGAGGUCCUCCGUUGACCGAUCCGCCUAUCGAGAGUGCAAGGCUCAAGGCGAGUUUCAGGCUUGGAAAUGGGUUGAGAAGAACCAACCAGCUUUCGAAUUCAACACUGUACUCCCAUGGUUCACCUUGGGUAAGGUGCUCCAUCCAAAAAUUGGCGGCUCGACAAUGAAAUAUGUCACCGGGUUGCUUCAAGGCAACACGCUACCCUUCAAGUUCCUUCCUCUACCAUGGUUCGUGGACGUAGUCGACACUGCCCGACUACAUGCAAUUGCGCUAUUCUGCCCUACUGUGCGAUCAGAGCGCGUCUUUGCUGCAGCAAGUCCGUUUGUUUGGGAAGAGGUCAUUCAAAUUCUCAGAAAAAUCCAACCGGAUAAUCAAAGUAUCCCAGAGCCUCCUCGAGACGAACGAAUGACGGUCGGUGAAGUUAUACCAGUAGCGAGAGCUGCGAAGCUUCUCGCUGAAAAUUUUGGACAGCUUGGCUGGACCACCAUGGAGACCUGUUUGGAAGGUGGCAUCAAAAAGGAUUCUGCUAAAUAG